UUUGUUAUCGGGUAAGUUCGUCUCGUCGAACAGUGGUACAGUAAUAGUAAAGUGGGUUUUAAGACGAAUAGACAGCUUAUAACCUCAAUGAGGAUAGCAACAUGCUUUUAAUAUCCGCACUGUUAACUUCCUUCUUUGUUUCAUCUGUACUUUCUUGUGGUAUCACAACACACAUAGAAAUUGGACACAGAGCAGCAAGAUAUUUUGAAUACACGGACCAAUACGGAAUAGAGUAUGGAAAGCUGAUAGCUGACCAUCAAGAUGCAUUCCAAGCCGGUAAUCCCUACCCAGACACAUUCUAUGACAGCUUGUGUCACAAAGGAAAAUUCCAUGGUAUAUCUGAAGACUCACACUGGGCACCAUUUCUGAAUGUCACAAUCAAUUACAUUAGAAAAACGUAUCCCCAACCAUGGGAUGAGGAAACACAAAAGUUGGUUGUGUUUAUGUUGGGAUUUGUCUCGCAUCAGGUUGCGGAUAUUUCCUGGCACAGUCUCGGAAUCGAUCAAGGUUUCUUAGCAACCAUGGGGCAGAUAAACUUUUUCGGGUCGUUUCCAGCAGCUCAUGACGUUGGUGAUGAAGGAGGUGAUGUUGUUACUCUGUUUGAAUUUGAUACUCGUUUCAUAGGAGAGAUUUCUGAAUGGUAUAUACCAGUGCAAGACCUUGUAGCUAUAUACCAGGAGUACUACGAAGCCCAUAUGGUGAAUGCCACCCUGAUUGAGGAGUGUAGUGCCCUCAUGUUCCUGGGAAGACUUGGAGAAAAGCUUGCUGUUGCAAAGCUGUAUCCAAGCUAUGCUUCCAAAUCUCCAUACCUGAUUGAAGAAUUCCAAGACUAUUUCCUGGGUGGUGUUGACGACAUGGCCGUCUGGACCACUAACAUUUGGCGUGCAUCACUUUUCAUGCUUCAGAACGGCACAGAAAGUUGCCAAAUUCCACACAGUACUUUGUUUAUUAAUUGUCCUAAUCAAGUCGAUAUCAACAAGAAAUUGUCUGAUACCAAGAUGACUGCUCUCCACUCCAAACUGUAUUUGAAUGAUUUGUCAUUGGAAGAUGUAAAUUAUCGAAGAACUGACAGAGGAGUUUACAUUGGUGCUUCAUCUAAGCUAAAGAGAAAGUUUAACCUUCUACAGAAGGCAGACUACAUAAAAGCUCAAAAAUCCAUGCGGAAGUCAUCAAGUUCCCAGCAGCCAGUUACAACAUUUUAUGUGAAAAAUGAUUAUGCAAAACUAGGAUGGUGUUUUUUAACAGAAGACAUCAAUGGAGAUAAUGUCACGGAUCUCAUAGUUGGAGCACCUGGAUAUAGUAUCACUAACGACAUCCAGCUAGGCCGUGUAUACAUAAUCUAUGGGUCUAAGGCGAAGGGAUUACCACAGGGUGAAAUCGACCUAGAUCUGUCAGCUGCCAUACAACUCACUGGCCUACAGAAAAAUGGUCGCUUCGGUUCAGCGCUUGCUGUACUGGACGUCAAUCUGGAUGGCAUUUCUGAUUUAGUUGUAAGUGCGCCCUCUGUUGGGUCAACAUCACUCACCUACUAUGGAGAAGUUUAUAUUUUUCUGGGAAGCAAAAGCAAUGUGUUUGGUCCCCUUCCAAAUAUCACCAUCAAGGGACAGGAUAUUGAAAAUGAUUAUUACAACUUGGGUUUGACAUUAUCAGUAGGAGAUGUAAACAGAGAUGGGCAUGCUGACCUCAUCAUCGGGUCACCAUUCACUGCAGCUGGAGGUCAUCAACGAGGCAUGGUGAAUGUGAUGUAUGCCAACCGCAAAUAUCAAGGUCGUCAAAUCCUGUCAGUUAUUGAGAUGGAUGUUACACUUACUGGAGACCAGGAUUAUGGUUGGUUUGGCCACAGAAUUGAAAUGAAAAAGAUUAAGAAAGGAACUACUUUGUUGCUGGUGUCACAACCUACGUAUAGAAUCUGUUCUGUUGAAGGCUGCCCUCAUUCUGAUAAUGAUACGCAGAGCGUUGGUCGCAUUCUUGGCUACGAUGUGAGGAACUUAGGACAGCCUGUGUUGUGUCUGCAUGGUGGUCAUUCCUUUGACAAGCUCGGGGCUUCUAUAGCACUUGGUGACCCUUACAACGAUGGAAGUGAUAUCUUGGCUCUAGGAGUUGAUACUGGAAAGGUGGCAGGCAAGAUUUUUGGCAUAUCCUCAAAUUUUAAUCAAGCAGGCUAUCUACGGUUGUUGAACUUGACAAAUUGGGCACCCUCUACUGUUUCGUGUAAUAAGACAUCCAUUCCGGAGGUGGCAGUAUUCAAAGGUGACAGAUCAUAUGCACGCUUUGGCAUGAGCGCAAAGCUGAAUGAUGUCACUGGAGAUAAAAUAGAUGAUUUGAUUGUUUCUGCUCCAUUCAGAAUUGAUGACAUUACAGAAGAGCUUUAUGGGGGAGACACUGGUUUUGUGUACAUAUUCAAAGGGGGAGAGGCACUUGGCAAAGGUGAUGUAACAAUGCAGUGUUCAUUCCUAGGGAGGAUGGUGGAACCUUGCCUAGGAGAAAAAGCAUUCAGAAAAUUUACAAAAGAUGAGAGAGGCUCUCACUUUGGUAAAGGUGUUGGGAGCUGGAAAAUAAAUAAUGCCACAGCGUUGGUAGUUUCGGCAGUGGGCAGUAACUAUGGCAGUAGGCUUUCUGGAGCUCUUUACUUAUUUGAUGUUAAAUAAUUUGAAAUAAAAAAAAUGUCCAUUCUGAAUAUUCUAAUUUGAUUUUAGUAUAAAACAACAUCACACAGCUCUGCAUAUUUCGAACAUAAAAUAAAUUGCAGAUAGCGCUUUAGCAUUCUUAUUUAUGAAAUGAAGUUGAUAAAUUCCAUAGAGGUAUAAUAUACCUCUAUGGAAUAUUACCAACUUCAUUUCAUUAUGUUAAAAGUUUAAUAUAUAUAUGUGUCCAAUAAUUUAACUAUAUAAAAAAGAAUAGUAUGUUAUGUUAUUUAAAUUUAAAAAGAGACAUAACUAAAAUUCUGGUACAUAAUUUAUUUUUAACAGGAGAAAUCAUGCUCAUUUAAAAAUAACAAAGAAAAUGUGAUUUUUAUAUUAAAAGAUAGUUCAUUAAAGUUAUUUCCAAUGUGGACUUAAAAAAAUAAAAAACAUUUGUAAAACUUUAUGAAUGCCUUUCAGUAAACAUUAAAAUAGAAUGUAAAUAAGUGCAGAAAUUUGUAUGUAUAAUGAAAACAAAUUAUGUUUUUUUUUUUUAAACUUUAGUUACUCUAAAAUAUGGCUGAAUGAAUUAAACUUAGAAAUUAACUAAAAAUAUUUAUUUGCUAAUAAUAUUUUUUUUUAUUCAUUAAGCCAAUGCUUAAAAUAGAAAUUUGUUUAUAUUCUGAUAGAAAAUAUAUUUUGAUGAUACAUGUUUUAAUUAAAUUUAUUUAAAGGGUGAAUAAAUAGAAAUUGAAAACAAUUAAUUAAUGUAUUUGGCAUAAGUGCGAGCUAUGCAAUAAUUUUAUAUCUUAAAUUAAUAAGCAAUUAGAAUAGUUGUGUAUAAUACACUAGUGGAAAUUUAUUACGCAAAAAUGCAAGGAAAAAAAUCCUGAGGUCUAGAACUUGAAGUAACUUUCUUCGGGUUCUAAUAUACCUUGUUUUACGAAUGUCAUUUUUUCAAUUACGACUUGUUAACAAACGACGAUUGGGUGGGUGUCUGUCCUUUCUUUCCACAGACGUGCAUCAUAGUUCUAGGUGUUAAUACAGUAGCCUAGAAUUAAUCAUGGUUUGCAAUAUGUACAAGAAGUUCAAUUGAUCUUUUGCACACAAACCUAAAAAAGAUCAAGCCAACAGUGCACUAUAUGAAAAAAUUGUGCACUGUCGAGGAUAGGCAAAUAACAUUGGGAGUUGCAGUGAUGACGUCACGAUUGACUUAUAAAGUGAUUUAGUAAUAAUUUGUUUUUUAAUUAAUUAAUUUUCCAGUCAUUAAAUAAAUGCCAAAGAUAGCAAUUUGUGUAUUUUAAAGGAAAAUAUAUAUAUUCUUAUGAUAGAUGUUAUGUUAAGUUUAUUUAAAAGAUGAAUAAAUAUUAUUUGAAAACAAUUAAUAUAUUUGGCAGAAAUGCAAGCUAUGCAAUGUUAAAUAAUUAUAUAUUUAAAAGUAUCUUUGUUGAACUUGGAUAAUAAAUUUUCAAAUUAUGUUACUCGGUAUAUGUAAGUAAGAAUAUGCCUUUCCAUUGAAAAUUUGAACAAGGAAGUAAAAACCUCAAACGACGGACCUUUGCGUUAAGCCCCGCCCCUUGGAUAUUGUUGCUAAGGUCCCUGGCGUUUGUGGGAAACAUGGUGUGCUUGUUAGACACGCCCAUUCCUUGGCCUCUUCUGAUUGGUCAGUUGUUUAGUUUGAUUGGCACUACGGAAAGAUCCGUUAUUUUUUUUUUUUUCUAAAAAGUACAGUAGUAUCUAAAUCAGCAAAAAAUGAAUUGUAUUUCAUCUCUCUCUCUUAUGUACUGUACUUGAUAAUUUUUGGUCAUUUUAAAGCAUAGGCGAGACUUUUUUAUACUUUGUUUUGCUAACUUGUUUUUUUAAAGAUCGUCGAGAAAAAGAAAUUUUGCAAAUGCAAAGACAUCCAGACUAGGAGAAAAUAAAAAUAUAAUUUUAUUGGUGAAUGUAAACAGUGUAGUAAUUGGAUGGUUAAAUGCUUUAAAUUGAUAUAAUUAGGAAGAAAUAUACGUAUAUAUAAAAUCUUAUUUUUUGGAGAU